AUGAUUGUAAAGGAGCAUGCUGUUGGUACUGAACUGGUGAUGAGUAAUGUCAUUGGGGAGGAGGAAAUUGAUUUUUCUUGUGAUCCACACGUAGGGUUGGAGUUUUUCAAUGCGGAUGAUGCACUUAGGUAUUAUAUAUCAUAUGCUACUCGAAUGGGAUUUAAAGUUCGUAUUGGUCAGCUUUAUCGGUCCAGGACUAAUGGAUCGGUUUCUUCUCGAAGAUUUGUGUGUUCGAAGGAGGGACAUCAGCUCAGCUCAAGAACUGGCUGUCCAGCAUUCAUAAGGGUGCAGUUAAAUGAUUCUGGGAAGUGGGUUGUUGACCAUUUUCACAAGGAGCAUAAUCAUAAUCUUGAAAAUGAAAGUAAAAUUUUCGCUCCAACGUUGCAGCCGAUAGCUUCUGCCACGGUUGAUUCUUCAACCGGAAUCACUCGCAGGCCAAGGAAGAAAUUGCUUGAAGUAGGCAAUGGUGAACCUAUUUCUCCUUUUGGUGUUAUUAAUUUCAAGCGUCUGAGAAAAGAAGAACUUGAAGGACAGGCCAGGAUUGAACCACAUGUUGGUCAAGAGUUCAGUAGCCCUGUUGAAGCCUACCAAUUUUAUCACACCCAUGCAGCAUAUAAGGGUUUUAGAAUUCGAAAUGGUCAAUUGUUUCGUUCUAAAAAUGACGGGGGUAUUACAUCACGACGCUUUGUGUGUUCAAAAGAAGGGUUCCAGCACCCUUCAAGAGUUGGUUGUAAGGCCUAUUUAAGGAUUAAGAGACAGCCAUCAGGAAAAUGGGUAGUCGACCGUCUUGAAAAAGAUCAUAAUCAUGACCUGGUCCCUGAAAAGGAAACUAGGACAGCAAGUCUUCCUGCUUCUAAUAUUUUAACUGAGGUGGUAAACACUGAAAUGGUGAACAGCGACAUGUUUAGGAUAGAUAACUACCCUGUCCUGAGAGGAGGUAGACAAAACCACAUCAGAAGUGAUUGGUAUAACAUGCUUUUAGAGUAUUUUCAGUCAAGACAAGCUGAAGAUACAGGUUUCUUUUAUGCCAUGGAAGUUGAUAAUGGUAAUUGCAUGAGCAUAUUCUGGGCUGAUGGCAGAUCUAGAUAUUCAUGUAGUCAAUUUGGCGAUGUCCUCGUUGUAGACACGUCGUAUAGAAAGAGCCUCUCUACGGUACCAUUUGCUACUUUUGUGGGGGUUAAUCACCACAAACAACCUGUCCUUCUUGGAUGUGCUCUAAUUGCUGAUGAAUCUGAAGAGUCGUUCACUUGGCUGUUACAGACAUGGCUAAGAGCAAUGUGUGGUCGGCAGCCUCUGUCAGUAAUAGCUGAUCAAGACGUUUCAAUCCAGAGAGCAGUAGCAAAAGUAUUUCCAGUAACUCAUCACCGCUUUUCAUUGUGGCAAAUUAAUGCAAAGGAACAAGAGCUUGCAGGUCUGAUGGGUCAUGGAUUCACAAAAGAUUAUGAAAAGUGUGUUUACCAGAGCCAGACAGUUGAUGAAUUUGACACCGCGUGGAAUGCUCUACUCGUAAAAUAUGGAUUGAAGGACAAUUCUUGGCUAAAAGAAAUGUACGAGAAACGUGCAUCCUGGGUUCCGUUCUAUAUAAAGAGCACAUUUUCUGCUGGAAUUCCUUUGAAAGAAAGCAUGGAAUCAUUCUUUGGUGCACUUUUAAAUGGUCAAACACCUCUCCCAGAGUUCAUUCAACGAACCUGUAGAAGAACAAUGUAG